CCCCGGCAGCGUGCCUGGCGGGCCUUUCCGCAUCCCUCGGUCCCUCCACCGGUCCUUCCGUCGGUGCAUCCCGAGUGCGCGGCCGCAGCAGACUCGCCACACCCCCGGCUAGGCCGGAUCGGAGCGUCCCCAUCAUGGGCUGGGGAGCCGGCGGGAGCUGCACCCCGCGCCCACCCAUCCGCCAGCAGCCGGCGCCCGAGACCCGCGUGGUCACCGUCGUCUUCCUCGGCCUCCUGCUGGACCUCCUGGCCUUCACUCUGCUGCUGCCCCUGCUGCCCGGGCUGCUGGAGAGCCACAGCCGUGCCCACGACCCCCUCUAUGGCUCAUGGCAGCGAGGGGUGGACUGGUUUGCGGCAGCCAUCGGGAUGCCGGCAGAGAAGAGGUACAACAGCGUCCUGUUCGGAGGUCUCAUUGGCUCCGUCUUCUCAGCCUUGCAGUUCCUCUCGGCGCCGCUCACGGGGGCCAUCUCGGACUGCCUGGGGAGGCGCCCGGUGAUGCUGCUGUCCCUGGCAGGUGUGGCUGCCUCUUACGCCGUGUGGGCUGCCUCGGGGAGCUUCGCGGCCUUCCUGGCCUCCAGGGUGAUUGGGGGCAUCAGCAAGGGGAACGUCAGCCUCUGCACGGCCAUCGUGGCCGACCUGGGCUCCCCGUCGGCCCGCAGCCGAGGCAUGGCUGUCAUCGGGGUGGCCUUCUCGCUGGGCUUCACACUGGGCCCCACGCUGGGCGCCUCCCUGCCUGUGCAGGCAGCGCCCUGCCUCGCCCUGCUCUUCGCUGUCUCUGACCUGCUCUUCCUCUUCUGCUUCCUGCCGGAGACGCUGCCGCUGGACAAGCGGGCGCCCUCCGUCACCCUGGGGCUCCGAGCUGCGGCCGACCUGCUCAGCCCCCUGGCCCUGCUCCGCUUCUCCGCUGUGGCUCGUGGCCAGGACCCGCCCACUGGAGACAGCCUCCGCCACCUGCGCCGCCUGGGCCUGGUCUACUUCCUCUACCUCUUCCUGUUCUCCGGCUUGGAGUACACGCUGAGCUUCCUUGCACACCAGCGUUUCCAGUUCAGCAGCCUGCAGCAGGGAAAGAUGUUUUUCUUCAUCGGACUCACCAUGGCCACCAUCCAGGGCGCCUACGCCCGGCGGAUCAGCCCCGGUGGAGAAAUUGCAGCUGUGCAGCGGGCCAUCCUGCUGCUGGUCCCCGCCUUCCUCCUCAUCGGGUGGGGGCGCACGCUGCCUGUGCUGGGCCUGGGGCUGCUGCUCUACUCCUUCGCUGCUGCCAUCGUGGUGCCCUGCCUGUCCUCCGUGGUCGCCGGCUAUGGCUCGCCUGGGCAGAAGGGCACGGUCAUGGGCACGCUGCGGAGCCUGGGGGCCCUGGCCAGGGCGGUGGGGCCCUUGGCGGCCGCCUCAGUGUACUGGCUGGUGGGGGCCCCGGCCUGCUUCACCGCCUGCUCAGGCCUCUUCCUGCUCCCCGUCCUCCUCCUGCGGACCCUGCCACCUCCAGCUGCCUCAUUCAAGGCCAAGUAGCUGGGCCGGCCCCACCCACACCGGGGCAGGAGGCAGGAAGUCGGAGGCUGGGCCAGGAC